AGUAGUUAAUAGACACAAAGGAAAGUAUUUAAUGAAGUCAAGUUGUUGAAAUGUUUGAUUGCAGCUGAUCUCGAUGGUUAUGAUAAAGAAACAUUAAUUACUCACUAAUAACAAUGUGAUAAUAAGAUGAAGAGUUGAACUGAACAGCCUCAUGAGAGUCGCCAUGUUACACGUUUUAUGUUGGGUUGAAAAUGGGAAGGCAAAAAAUCGAUAAACUGGUUCCAAUUUAGUGAGCAAUGAUUUGUUUUUAUUUGGAUUCUUACCGUUUACAGUUUUACAUGAAGCUAAACAUUUCUGUAUCUCUUGAUCAACACCAGAAGCGGAUAACAGUGAACCAUUGACCAGUGACAACCAGCAUUCAAUUCAAUUGGAAAGGCAGCAAUCAAGUCUCUCAAAAUUAACUGUUUAAGUUGUUUCUUGCUGGUGAAAACGGUUAUCCUAAAAUAAAUAACAAAAGCCACUGAAGAGGAUUGUACUAAUAAACCAACAACAAGUUAAUCAACGUCCAAACCCAUUGAUCAUUGUGAUAUCACUUGACUAACAUCAAAUACAAGUUUUCCUGUUAACUGCAAUUUUUUAAAAGCAUCCAAACAAGGAGACAAAAAUGGCAGCCUUUAUAGCUAAGCAAAUGGUUGGUAAUCAACUCUCUGCUGUUAAAGAUAUUGGCGGAGGUGGUGAUAGUGCUGAAGAUAAGGAGAAACUGGAAGAACUGGAAAGGGAACGACUGGAGGCUCUUCGAGAAGCUGAGGAAAGACGACGAGAGAAACAUCGAAAAAUGGAAGAAGAAAGGGAAAAGAUGCGACAAGGUGUCAGGGAAAAGUAUGGUAUUAAAAAGAAGGAAGAAAAGGAAGAGGAAAUGAGGAAACAACAAGAAGCCCUAAUGGGUGGUUCAACUGAUGGUGGACUCAACCGAGCCAAGAAAACUCCUGAGGAAUUAGCAGCUGAAGCUGCUGCUCAAGAGCAAGAUGAAUUUACGAAAAUCAAAACAACGAUAGAAACCCAAGUAAACGAAUUGAAAAGUACCAUCGAAGGAAAAUGUGUAAUUCAAUAAUUAUCAUCGUCCUUAAACAUUUUCAUUUAAUCAACUCAUUUUAACACACCAGAAUCUUACGCAUAUAUUAUUAUACAAGCAAUUAACGAAACGAUUAAAGCCGAGAAAAGCAAAUUUGUAAAUUUGAAAAUAGUGGAAACCUUGGUUAACCCAAAAAAAAGAGGAGAUGAAAAACAAACCAGAAAAGUCUAGAGACUUGGAAGCAAAAAAUGAACCAAAGACUAAAGUAAAAAGCAAAAGAACCAGAAAAAUUAGAGAAACCAGGAAUUGGUGUUUGAAACGUUUUUUGGGUUAAACAACCAGUUGGAGUUGAUUGAACAUUUAACGGUUCCAAAGUAUCUCAACCGAUUGAUUAAUUAUUACUUCUAGUACUAUUGACUAAAUAUCAUUGAUUGAGAUUGUUUGCUUUUCCCUGUGCUUUGAAUUAACAUCAUUGAUUUAGUCAUCUUCAUCAUCCUCAUCGCCAUUAUCAUCAUCGUCAUCAGGCUGUAAUCAACAACAAUUACGGCAUCAACAUCAAGGAAACAAAAUAUGGUUGACAUUUGUUUUUUUUUUGGUUAAGCUCUUUUCUGGUCCUCUUUCCUUCCCGGGUUUCCUUGCUCUUAUUAUCAUCUUUAAUAAUCGUCAGUUAAUGUAGAUAUUAUUAUUGAUUGAUUUGAUGAUAUAAUUAACUGAUUAAGAUGUGAGUUUUUUUCAUGUUUCCCCAUUUAAUAAUGGGAACAAGCAUAAGAAAAGGCCAAAAGCAAGUGAAAUUUGACAAACUUCCCUGAGUGAUUCAAUAUAUAAUAAUAAGUAAAUAUAACAAAUAUAAAUAUAUAAAUAGUAAAGCUUGAUUGCUGAUUGAAAUUAGACUGGAUGAUGGUUAAGACAAAUAUGAAUGAUUUGCGGGUUAAUUGUUAAUAGAAGCUUGCAAAUUAAUGAUCUUUCAGAUUGUUGGUUAUUACUGGCUUUACGGUACAUUCAACAUUUACUGGCAGCUUUUAUGCAACUAGAGAUGCUUAAAUUGAUUGGUGAAAAUAACAUUAUUAGCAACAAUUAGACCAUUAAUUUGCGUGUUUCCAGUAUUAAUAAAUUACCAAGUGCCGUUCAUUUUUGUCUUGUUUUUCAGCUUUCUUUCAGUCUUGACUUUCCUUCAAAUUUUUAGUUUUUUAUAUCAUCAUCAACAUUAUUAUUACAUAUUAUUAUUGAAAACUAGUUUGCCAAGCUCAAGUCAAUUAAACAAACUACAUUAUUAAGGUUCCUUAAUUUACCCAGUAAAAGAUUUAAAGAAAACAUCUCUUCUCAGUUUCAUUUAACUCCUUCAAUGCCCUCAUUUUUUUCCUACUGAAUGGUGUUUUCAUUGAAUGAUUUUUUUCUUUGUCAGAUUUUUUGUCAUCUGAUAGCAAAAACAUCACCUUACAAAUUACAAAAUUGUAAAUAGUAAUGAUAAUAAUAAUGGUAAUAUGUAGUUAUCAAUUACCUGGAAACAAAAAGGUAAUUGUCUUGACAAAACAAAAGCUUCUUAUUAUUGUUGAACAUCAAGUCUCAAACAUUUAACAUUCAACGAACAGCCUUUCAAUUAUAAUUAUGCUUUUUUGUGUGUUAAGUUUCACCUUUCAAUUACUAUUCCUUAAUAACUAAAGUUGCCUGAGACUAACAGCAACAACAGCAACUGUAAAGCAAGAAAGCAAAUUUAACUCAUUUAUUUUGAAAUACAAUUCAUUAUUAUUCUUAUUUUUUAUCAUAUCUAUCCUCAUUAUAAGUUGAUUAUAUUUGUUGCUUUCGUUAAAACCUUGCUUUUUUUGGCUAACAUCCUAAACACAAAUCAUCACAAUUACAAUAAUCGAAUACAUUAGGUGCAAUUUAAGAGACGCUCAAUUACGCAUUACUAUCCAAAUGAUGAUGAUUUAUAAAAACCAUCGAAAGGUAUUAAUAUAAUAGGAAAGCUCAAAUCUAACUUAGCAACAGCUAGUACAAUGCUAAUAGAAAUUUGACUUUCCAACACACAUGGUUAGCUUUUAGCAUUUCUUUUUCCUGUAUUUCCUUUUGGUCCAUUUCACUGGUUCCCAAAUAAUAACACUAAUAAUAUGAUGAUGAUAGUUGAUUCACUUCAUAUAAAAGUUGCAUGCAACAUUUAUAUCUUGUUAGACAUAACAAUUAAUCAGCUUUCCCUAAGUUUCACUCCAGUCAUUAUUGCUGCUUGUUUGUCCUUCCAUCAUGUUAUCCAAUGUUCACUUGACUGCUCCACCAAUUAACCUUUAAUCCAGAUUGACAUCACAUUAUCCUAGAGUUGCACUAAAUAUUUAAAAAUAACAAUAAUAAUAAUAAUGAUAAUCUUCCGAUAAAUUAAAACACUUAUUAAUCACACACACACUCACUCACACAAAAAUCACAACUCACAUUUAACUUCACAUGGUCUGGUUACUUGAUCCAGUCCCAAACAGGUAGCUCAAACAACGAAUUGUGUCAACAUUUUGAUUUACGUUAUUCCAACCUUUUUUGUUUCCCAUUAACUUAUAAAAGAAAAACUUAAUUUAAAUAUUUAAUUUAUCAAUUAGUCUCAUUUAGCGUUAAACAAAAUGUCUAACGAGUAAAACCAAAACACAAACUCUAAUAAAUCUUAGCCGGUUAGUUGAUCUUGAUAGGAUCCAAAUCCUUAGGUCAACCAAAAAGGGCGCGAGAAACAAAAUUUUCUGGUUUCUCAUUUGUUAUUUUUUUUAUUCCUUUUUCUUUAAUUCAGUUUCAACCCACUAUUUGCACCUAAUUAUUCAUCAAUAUGUUAAAUUAAUCAUCUAUAUAAAUAAAUAAGUAUAACUGUAAUAGAGAGAAACUGAUCCUUCCUUGAAAAAAACAAAAAGACAACAGUUGCUCCGGUCGUUGAUAUUUGAAGUAACCAACGGCUUGACAAAACCCAAAAAAUAAUGUUUCCAAUGAUAAUAUACUGUACAGAAUAUCAUUUUUCAUUUUCGUCCUCAUAAUCACCUUCACCCUCGCCCUCAUCAUCAUCGUCAUCAUCUUUGCUUCAUCUCAAUCAACUGGGUAUGUUAUCGUUGCCUUGUUUUCAUCCAUUAAUUUGUUAUCAUACCCAAGUUCAUAGUUAAAUCUAUAGUUAAGUUUCCUUCUACGUUGUCUUUCCUUUUUCUUUUAAUCAUAACAAAAAUCUUUCUAUUAAUCUUUCUUAUUAAUUAAUUGAGAAAAAAUUAACAUUACCUAUUAUUAUUACCAUUAUUAUUAUCAUCAUUACGUUACCAGAACACGGAAAACCCAAUCAAUUAUUAUUGAAAUUGUGAAAAGCUGCCAGAUACUCUACAGUGAAAAUUACAUUAGACUGUUGCUAUACACAGAAACAAAAGCUAAACCUGCAACCAUUAAACCUUCUCCAAAGAUACUGAACAUACAAUAGUGAAGUUAAUUUAAAUUGUGCCUAAAGAUAAGUCUGAUUGAGAGUUAUUGAUUAAAUUGAAUGAUUCAAUUCACACUGACAAGAUGAUUCGCUCAAAGUCAAAUUAAUAAUAGCCUGUAAAUUUAAUGUUACCACCAGCUAAUCAAAAAACUCAACAGACUCUCAAUCUUGCUUGCAAUCUACCUUGCUAUUAACACCGUUUCAUUUUUACCAAUUAUAACCAUAACAAUUAACUAACAUGUAAGAGUUAAUCUGGCCUCUUCUCAACUCCAAUCUCUUCCCAAAGUCAUAGACUUUAAUCCAAACCCAAACCCAAACCCAAAAACCUAAAAUAUAUGAAAACCCAAUCUAAACCCAAUUUCAUUUCUCCUUUGCUUUGCUUUCUUUACCUUUUUUUGUAUUCUUUUGCUUCAGAAACAUUGAUUAACAAUUAGCUCGCUGAGUUGAUUAAUUAUCAACGAUUGUUUAAAUAAUAUGUAAUACCAAAAGCAAAAGCUGAAAAUGCUGGUUUGAAAUCAAAUGACAAAUAUAAAUUAUGUUUGCAAUUAUGUUGUGUAAAUCAGAUGAAAACAAAGGUUUAACUUAUUAAAAUUGAAAUCUAUUGAAACAUAAA